AUGGAUGUGGCAGUAAAAACAGAACCAAGCCCUACCACCGUUCCAAUUGACGUUAAGACGUCAAAUGAAAAGGUACCGGUGGCGACGGCUGAAAAUCCAUUAAAUGGAUCUCUUUCAACUGCUCAGGGCCAGCAGCAGCAACAGCAGUUGCAAACGGCGGCGGGACAACAACUGCAGCAGCCACAAUUACCGCAAAAAGCCAAACGAAAACAUCGUCGAGGCAAACCGAAAUCGAAAAAUAUUAAUAAACCCUACAAGAAAACCAAUUGGAGAUUUCAAAUGCCACGACUUAAUUACAGUAAAUGUGGUCCAGGUGGUGGAGGAGGCAGCAGCGGCGGUGGUGGUGGAGGCGGCAAUUGUUCUGCGAAUCGCCGUGAAAAAUUACAACGUUCUCGUUCAUUGGUACCAUACAAUACCAAUAAAUUUCUUAUGGAAGAACAUUUAGCUGAAGUUCCCAACGGCCUCUUUACACCCUCUGGCAGGACACGUGAUUCUAGUUUUUCCAUGGACUCUGAAGAUAAUUAUUUCUUUUCACUGCCCGAAGAUGAAGAAGAAUUCCUCACAAAGGAAUUUGCCAAUGUAUAUGAGAAGGCCAGGGUGGAACGUUUAGAGAAUUUAAGUAAACAGGAGCUGAUACAGGAAUGUUUACAAAUCGAAGAUCGUUAUUCGAAGGAUCAGGGUAACCAAAGGCAACAACAAAUGAAUAUACAACGUAUAGCAUCGGAAUAUUUGGCAAAGGUGCGAAUGUUGGAGGAGAAAGUUCGUGAACUGUCGCGGGAGAAUCAUAAUCUGCGCUGUCAAUUAAUGCGUUCCGCUGCAUUUGCAGCAGCGGCGGCUGCUUCGCCACCCUCAGCUGCUGCACCCAUUGGUGCUGCCUGCCAACCAACACCCAUGGACUCAUCAAGUGAAGAUAGUGAAAGUGAUAGCUCCAGUUCGAGUUCUUCAUCCUCCUCAUCGUCAUCAAGCAGUGAUAACGAAGACGAGGAGCGGCGAUGUGAUGAGGUGGCUGCAGCACGACGUCGUAGACGAAGUUGUUCAUCGCAUAGUUCUUUAAGUGAGUACAAUGGUUAUGUUGAGAAUAACUAUGUACAACACAAUGGUGCAGCUAGUAAUGAUGGUGGUGACGGUGAUGGCGGUGGUGGUGGCGGCAUUCAACAUGCUGCUUCUUCACCUCAAAAUCCUGCCGCAAAUAAUUUGGAUUAUGACCAGCAACAAUUAUUAAAUGAUGAUCAUAUGGAAGAUGAUGACGAUGACGGCGAUGAUGAUGAUGACGAACCAAAAGAAACGAAUCUUACAAAUGGAUUUCAUGCCGACACCGAAUCUUCUUCACCCCUACGGUUAAGUGCUAGGCUUGUGGGUGAAAAUAAUGGGCAAACUACAAAUGGAGGCGAUGGAGGCGGUGGUGGUGGCGGCAGUGCCGCCCUUAAUGCAAAUUCAGUCAACGAUGUUGUACAAAAUCCCUAA